AUGCGACAUCUACGACCUGCCCAGCAGGCAUUGCGCCUAGCCGCCGAGUCAUUACAACAACCAUAUGUCUGCCGAGCAUGUCUCGCCCAAGCACGUUCGAUUCACACGACCUCCCCUCGAUUUGCCGGCGUACAGGAUGAUGAACCAUUCUGGAAACGAAUGCGAAAGAACCUCUUCGGAUCGAAGGAGGCCACACAUGCCGACAAGUCUCGUGAAGAGAAGCGGAAACGUCGUCUGGAAGAGCAGCCAAGGACUGGACCAGUGACGAAGACAGAUACCAAAGGCAGAGUUUGGGAAGUCGCUGAAGUCGUGGACCCUACCACGCAUAGCAACUAUGUCGUCUCAAAUACCUGGCAGGGACUUGAAAGUGUGGGUAGCGAGGAGUGGGUGAGGAGGAGAGCGGAUGGAGGAGAGCAGUACCAAGGGUUCAUGGCACAAAAGAAGCUACAGCUCACGAAUGCGCAAUGGCAGAAGCUUCUGCGUCAGAUAGCAGUGGAAGUCUUCUCACUACAGAAGCAGGGCCGCAAUGUCCUUGAAGUCUGCAACGAGGAACCGACAGCUUCGCAAGAGGCGCUGAUGGGCAAGAUCCGACUGGUAGACUUCACCGAAGUCGAGCUUCCAGGCGAAGAGAGCCAGAGCAUGCGGAAAGUCGAUGUACAGGAUCCUAUGAUCAAGCUAGCAAUCAUCAAACGCGCCAUGCAACUCACCGGCAAACGCAUCCCCGACCCUGACGUCUCCUCGGCCACGAGCCUCGAAGACCUCUACAAUGCCUUCAAGAUCAAGGAGAAGAUUAAGAAGCUAGCGCAGACACCACAGCUGCAGCAGGUCUCGCAACAGGCUCCUAAUGUUCAGGUCCAUGCAAGCAGACGGACGCCUGUGCACAAGGAGAAGGAGAUUGGACGAUGGAAGAUGAUUGAGGAUGAGUUGGUGCUGAGGGAUCUGCCGGUGUUUGGCAGUAGGUACCAGGACUCUAAGGAAGUAUGGAAGAAUGGUGGGUUGUAG